AUGGCAUCACGUAACGAUUAUAAAUAUUCAUCCAAUGAGGAAAAAAAUGCAAAGAGAUCAAAUGGUCAGGUGCAACCGAAUGAUGGUCGAAAAUUCAAUCCAUGGGAUUUUGAAAAUCCUUGGUCUCAUGGUUUAUGUAAUUGUACAGAACAAUGCGAUGAAACAUGUUAUGGCAUGUGGUGUUUUCCUUGUUUUGCUUGUCAUCUAGCUUGGCGUAUGAAUGAAUCUUGUUGGAUGACUUGCUGUGUACCUGGCUAUUUAGCUGUGUUAAGAACAAAAAUGCGGACAGCAUUUCGUAUUCGAGGUUCGUAUUUAUCUGAUUUUUGUGCUGCUGAAUGUUGUCCGUGUUGCACAGCAUUCCAAAUGGCUAGUGAAUUACGUUUUCGAAGGCUGGCUGGUUAA